CGCGGCAGAUAAACCGCGCCAACAGUCUCUCCUGAGCCGCGGCGGAAUAGCAGUCGCCCUGAAAGCGCGCGGUUUUUGGGCUCCCGGCUUUGGGACAGGGCAAACUAGCUUUUGGGACUGAAGAGGGUACAAAGUUAGCUCACGAUGUCUGACGCGUCAGAACAGCCUCGGGAAGGCCCCUCAGGUGCCGGACUAGAUUGGUCGAAUCUUGAGAGAAAUCGGGCUGGGGUCCCGGGAGGGGUGAUUCGAAGGGCUCAUGGUAAAGGGUGCAUGUCCUGGAUCCAGAAAGUUCUAGAACAGAUAAUAGAUUCACCUCUCAAGUGGGUCACCCCAAAGGAGGUGGCUUUUGUCAGCGUGCUGGCCGUCCAAAGAUACCUGUUAGAGGAGGAGCCAAACGACACGGUGCGCGGGGGGCCCCUGUACUGUUACGAUGUGACCAUCUCGGACGGGGUGUAUCAGGAGAAGUGCUACCUGGACCCGAGCCUGAACUCUCUUGUGUAUAAAAAUAUUCUUAAAGUUGGCAUAGAAAUGAAAAUUUCCAGAGUCUCGUGUCUUUACAACGAGAAAAGAUUAGGCCAGGGGAUCUUGUGCAUCGACAACGUCCAAUGUGGGCGGACUUUAGACGCGAUUUCUUUAGAAACUCCCUUCAGAAAUAGAGCGCAUGGGGUCAAACCCGAGAGGCCCUUAAGGGGCGGGAAGAGUCAUUACCUGGCGCUGUGGAAUAACGAAGACCCCUACGGAGAUAUCUGGUUAACUGACAAGCAGCCCAAGGAACACAAUUUUACAAAUACUAAAAUAAUUUCCCUUUCUCAUCUUGAAACAACCUGGACUGACAGAAAUGAUUUUCCUGCACUACUUGUGAGGAUCUUGCGUAAAUCAAAAUUGCGAUACUAUGGGAAACCUGAUAAAAAGACAGUUGAGCCAUACCAGACUGUUUUGGAAGUUGCUGACCGUUCAGGCACAGUGUUAGUGAUUUUGUGGAAUGCCCUAUGUCCUGAGUGGUAUAAAAGUUUGCGAGUUGGCUUAGUUCUUCUGCUUCAAGAUUAUUCUGUUAAAAAGAGUUAUCAAUUCAGGAUGCAUCCUCUCCCUGUGGAUCCACAGAUCAAAUCAAUUUCUACAAUGGAAAUUGGCCUGAAUCUUCGAGAUCCUCCAACUAAUAUAAUUAUCAUUCCAGAAAAUCAGGUGAAACCAGAAUGGAAAUUGCCAAAAUUAAAUUAUCGAUUUAUCACAAGAUCAGAACUGGAUGCUAUGCCAAAAGAUAGUAUCUGUGAUGUUAUUGGCCUUUUAGUUUUUGUAGGAAGGGUCCAGCGAUCAAAAAAGAAAGAAAACCGUGAAGAUUUUUGGUCUUAUCGUUGGAUUCACAUUGCUGAUGGAUCUUCAGAGCAACCAUUUAUUGUGGAACUGUUUUCUACAUCUCAGCCAGAAAUCUUUGAAAAUAUUCAUCCAAUGACACAUUUUAUGUGCACCCAGUUGAAAGUUGUCAGAAAUGAUGCUCAAGUACCUAAGCUGCUUUACCUUACCACUACAAAUGAAAGUCGAGUGUUUAUUACUGAUCUAAAUGACCAGCCCUAUACCAAUGAUACCAAGGUACAAAACUUUAUUCAGUGGAUUGCCACAAAGACUGAAUCUGGAGAAGUGAAGAAUACUGUUAUUGGUGGAUAUUACCCCUAUCCACCAGUGCCAGAGACAUUUUCCAAGUAUAGUAAUUCUGUUAAAGUUCAUUCUCUCUUGACACCUGUAAGUGAAGUGAAGAAGGAGAUUGAAGUCUUGCAGUAUAGGGAACAAAAACGUAUUGCAAUUCAGGGGAUUAUUACUGUUGUAAAAUAUAUCCCCCAUAGCAGUGCAGCAGAAAAUGCCUCUGCAUCAGAAACAUAUCAGAAUGCUGACCAACCCUCAACAUCCCAAGCAUCUAGAGAAGAAAGUGAAAGUCAGGGAAGAAUCAGUAUAUGGCAUCAAUAUGACAGGCCUAUGAGUUCCCAGUGUUUUCAACCUGCAUCUCUAAGUUUGAGUCCAAGCAAUAAAAGAAGAAUUCUUCAAGGCCCAUAUUCUAAACCAUUUGCUGUACCUCAGGCAGAAGCAUCUACGCAGACUUAUGGAACUAGAAUAGGCAUGCCCAGCAUCUUCCAACGUCAGGAAAGUUUUGGAGGGAAGACCAGAAAAACCUUAAGUGACAGAUGGGAGAGCCAGAUGUGGAGAGACAAAAAGUAUCAUGUAAUAGAUCACCUGCAUUACAGCUGUGUUUAUCCUGAAAGUAUUCCACGGAAAUUUCUUUUUGAACAUAGGAAUUUUCUUGCUCAGCAGUAUAAUUCUCAGCCUGCAAAAUACAUACCACCAGAAGAAAGACCCCCCAAACUUGAAGAUUUUAAGAGCGCACGAAGCCUUGGACAUUUUGAAGUAACCAUUCUAGGUUUAAACCAUGACAUUGCAAUUGAUGUUGCAUUCCUACCCAUGUAUUCUCCAGAAGAUGUCCGAACCUCUCAAAUAGACACGUUGUUAACUUGCAUGAAUUACAGCUGUGUAUAUCCACAGGAAGUAACUGACAGUGACCAGUCGCCAGAUCCAAAAGCCCUUGCAGCAGUUUUACAGACAUUCACCAUAUUGCAUCCAUCACCACUAUUUCUGGACCAUUUUCAUCAUCCCAAACAGAAACUGUAUCUCUUAAAUGGUGAUAUUAUAAAAGCAGUAACUGAACUGGAUAGAGUACAUAUCGUCGGUAUCUUGGAUAUCUGUAAUUUGGGUAACAAUAAAGUAGAAAUCUAUUUGCAGAAAAUUUAUAUUCCAGAGAAUAUGCCUUAAGAAUUGACAAAUGAAAUUAUUACAGAUAUAAAGAAAAUACUGCUUUAAAGAUAUUCUAUCAUUUUGUUGGUGAUUUCAGUGACUGUUUUUAGCAAGAAUAGAACAUGGGAUCUAAAUUUAAGUGGUUUUAUGUUUGUCUUGUGUUUGGAUUUAUCACACAACGUUUGAGAGUCAUUAUUGAAAAAGGUCAUCAGAACAAGUUACAUACAUCAAGAAAAUUUACCUUACUUCUGUAUGACCAUUACCUCGAACUUGUAAUAAUUUAUGUUUGAUGUUCUGUUUGUGAAGAACACUUUUGUUCUAAAGCUCAUUAUGUAAGUCAUCCUGACUUACAAGAGUAAAUUUCCAUGGAGAUUUAAUAUCAUUCCAGUUUUAUUCACUCCUAAUGGGAAAUUUUGAAUUGUCAAUUUGAAGACUAAAUUUUCCUUAAGUGGCCAAUCUGCAUUUCUCACAACCAAAGUAGCUCCUGUAAUUUUCAAAAGUUUACAUGGGUUGUUUCGUGUUAAUUUGGUCAGCUAUAAAAUGAAUGUGGAGAAUCACAUUGCCUUAAGGUUAUUUCACUGCAUAUUGCGACUUCAUAUACUUUGGGUUUCUAAAUAUUUUGAUCAUUAUGUAAAAUCAGAGGCUGCUGUAUGUCUCUAUUCUUGCUGUAUUCAUUUCUAGUUUCAGUAUAUGUAAUGUAAGUUUUAAAUAAGUGAAAUUUUAUCACAUAUUAACAUUUUAAGUGCUCGUAUUGCAGAUAGGAAACAGUAACUAAGGGGAUAGAUUUUGUACUGGUUAUCUAUUGUACUUCAUUUGAAAUGUAAAUGGCCACUCCACAUUUGCAAGACCCUGUGGUUGACAUCUAUGUGGUUUCUUAGAUGAGCCAAAUUGGCCAUUAAAUGAGAUUAAAGACUAUUUUGUGUCAAGAUGAAUUUGAUUAUAGCUAAGCUAUUAACUUGUGGGAUUUCCCUGUAGCUCUGUUGUUCUGUGACUUCAUGUGCUAUACAUUUAAAAUGUGCUCAACAGCCUGCAAACCUAAAGGCAUACUUCAAUUUCUUCUUAAAUGUGCUUGUUUUAUUCUUUGUAACUGUGUUUAAACAUUAAUUGAAAUAGUGGAUUCUUCUCAUUACAAUUUUGAGUGUUAUUAAAGAAGUUAA